UGGUACGAUUCGACUCACUGGACUUACGGCAACCUCAUUUUUUCUUUGAUUUGAUUUGGCCAGCCGGAGGAGAUCCAAAGAACAUCGUCAGUUCUCCCGUCUCGUAUUUCUUCCAAUUGCCAGUUGUUGAAAGUUGAAAGCAGUCAAGUCAAGGCACGACCUUUCGAUCGCUUCGGAGGAGUGGAGGGAGCAAGCAAGAACCAAAGAGCUCCUUGAUUAGAUCGUGCCUUAACUUCCAAAGAUCCAAUAUGUUUUGACGCUGCUCAUCUCUCUCAUAGUUACUAGACCUAUUUUAAUUCCGGUAUACUAGUAGCUAGAAUCUCCAAUUUGUUGACAGCACCAUGGAAGCACAGCCCUCCUCAUCAUCACCACCACCCGAUAUGACAGAUCCUGUCCAAUACUCUCUGGCACCUCACAAAGAAGAUGAUGAUGCUGCGACAGAACCUCCGAGUGGCUUGGCCUUGACCGAUGACAAUGCAUCCACUCGUACGACUCGCACGGAUGGAUCAACGACGACCCAAAAGCAAGAAAAGGACUCUUCCGUAGAUUCCUCUCCUCCCUCUCUGACCAAAAUCAUCCGCAUGGCUCGACCCGAGUUCCCCGCACUCAUCCUGGCUGUCGUACUCAUGGUGGCUGCCGAGGCCAUUGGAUUGGUCAAUCCCAUUGUCAUUGCCAGAGCCUACGAUGCCUUGGUCGACGAGACGCUCACCGACGAGGAAAAAAUGGCGGAAAUCCAUACGGCCAUGAUUCUUGUCAUGGUCCUGCACUUCAGUGGCGUGGCAGCGGGCUUUGUCCGACACUCGUUGCUGGGCGUUAUUGGAGAACGACUCGUGGCACGCUUACGGAAUCAACUCUACGGGGCCAUUUUGAAGCAAGAAAUUGCCUUUUUUGACGAACACAAAUCGGGAGAACUCGUCAGUCGAUUGGGCAGUGAUACCACACUCCUACAGGGCGCCAUUUCCCAGUCCAUGCCCGAAUUUUUAUUGGGUAUUAUCAAGCUCCUCGUUAGUGUGACACUCAUGUUCUGGAUCUCGGCCAAAUUGGCCGGAGUCACAUUGGGGUGUAACAUUAUCAUCUUUUUGGUGGCCGUACCAUUCGGGACUGUCAUUGGGAAACUAUCCAAAGCCUAUCAAGAUGUCCUGGGAGCGGCACAGACACGAUCCACCGAAUCCUUGGGCGCCAUGAGGACGGUGCAAUCCUUUGCCGCCGAAGAACGCGAGCAGAAACGGUACCAAAACAAAAUUGGGGAUCCGGACAGUAUUCCAUGGUGGAUUCCACAAAAGACAAGCAGCAACACCAAUAAUAAUAAUAAUCCGGGUGACAGCAACGACGAAAGUGAGGGUGAUGUCGAUGAUCCCAACACGACAACCUACAGUGUGGGAUUCUACAAGGCCGUUUGGAAUUCCGGAUUCUUCUCCUUUGUGUUCGGGUUUGGCUUUGGCGCCAUGUACGCGAGUCUGUGGUAUGGAUUCAAAUUGGUGACCGAGGACGAGAUUACUUUGGGAGAUCUCACUGCCUUUCAGUCGUACAUUUUCCAAAUCGGAUUUGGCUUGGCGGGGACCAGUGGACACUUGUCCAAGGUUUUGGAAGCACUGGGGGCUUCUGGAAGGAUCUUUUUUCUCAUGGAUCGAGUUCCUUCCAUUCCUACUCCACCUGCAGAUGGUAGUAGUGAGGACAACAACACUACCAAUGAAAGCAACGACAGCAACAAAAACGACGACGAUAUCGAGAAGAAAGCUUCUUUGCCGACACUUCCCGAUCCCUUGUUGCAACCCGAGUCCAUGGAAGGAGCCGUGACGAUUGAGGACGUCUCCUUCUCGUACCCUUCUCGCCCCAAUGUCCCAGUCCUAGAGAAGUUCAGUCUCACAGUACCACCCAAUACCACCGCGGCUUUGGUUGGUUCCAGUGGUGCCGGCAAGUCCACAGUGGUGGCAUUGCUGCAAAGAUUCUAUGACGUCAAUGCCGGGUCCAUCAAGAUAGAUGGCAAUGAUAUUCGGACACUCGAUCUGGCAUGGUUGCGGAAACACAUUGGAUAUGUGCAACAAGAACCCUCUCUCUUUGGGUUGACUGUCCGUGAAAAUAUUAGCUACGGUGUUUCAGAUCACGAGGUGACUCAAGAGGAGAUAGAGGAAGUUUGUCGCAAAGCGAAUGCUCACGACUUUAUCUGCAAGUGGCCCCAUGGCUACGAUACUCUUGUGGGAGAACGUGGUGUCAAACUAAGUGGCGGUCAAAAGCAGAGAAUUGCCAUUGCCCGAGCAUUACUGGUCAAUCCUCGGAUACUUUUGCUCGACGAAGCCACUUCUGCAUUGGAUGCCGAGUCCGAGCAUCUGGUUCAAAGUGCCAUUGAAAAGGCUGUGGUGGGAAGGACGGUGAUUAUAGUUGCCCACCGAUUGUCGACAAUUCAACGGGCAACCCAGAUUGUGGUGGUGGAUAAUCAUCAGAUUGUGGAUGUGGGAAGUCACCACGAACUUCUUGGGCGGUGUACCAAGUACCAAGAUUUGAUCAAACGGCAGAGUCUCAUGCAUCGUGGCGGCAACAAGGCAGAUUUGAAAGCAGAGCUGAAUGCCACUGACUGGGACAGGGUCAUCCAAGAAGAAACAAGUGGAGAUGACAUUGUGGAAGAGCUUGCAUGAAUGGCCAAUCCAUAGAUUCGACCACCAAUCUGCUGAAAAUAAGUAGCUAGAUAGGUUUACAUGUACAUGCAUUCUGAAAGUUGUAGCAACCGGGCAUCUGCAUUCCUUUCUGCGGCCAGAUAUGGCAACAUUGGAUACCACAUCCAACCAUACCGUAGUCCACGCA